GUAAAUAUUUGUGUUUGCUCAACCGGCUGUAAUGGUGGAGGACUGAGGCAGAGAAACGGAAUACAACUAGAGCGAAGGAAGAGAGGAAAACGGUCGAAAGUCUGUUUCAGAGCCAGUCGCCGCGAGUAGGACACGGGCUUCGUCGAAAAUGGAUGAACUCAAACAUCAAGUCAUGAUUAACCAGUUCGUCCUGACGGCGGGUUGUGCGGCAGACCAGGCGAAGCAGCUUUUGCAAGCGGCACAUUGGCAGUUCGAGACUGCCCUCAGUGCCUUUUUUCAAGAAACAAAUAUUCCAUAUGGCCAUCAUCAUCAAAUGAUGUGCACCCCAGCCAACACACCAGCGACGCCCCCCAACUUCCCGGACGCGUUGACCAUGUUCUCCAGGCUGAAGGCGUCUGAGAGCUUCAACAGCGGCAGCGGCGGCAGUCCCAUGGCCGCCUCCAUGGCCACCUCACCCCCGCCCCCCCAGGUCGGCGGCUGGGGGGUCUCACCAAACGUACCUAAUGUGCCGCAGCCUCCACAGGGACUCUGGACUCAGGGGCAACCCCCCACGCAGCCCUGCCCUGCCUGGCCCACGGGAGUCAACCCCCACGCGGGCGCUGAGCAGAAGGCUAGUGUAGCGAUGGAGGCUGAGAGAUGAAGGGCAGCACGGGACUGAAAAGCCCCCCUCCAACCUGGGGAGCGAGGGAAAGGGGGCUUGGGGAGUCAAUAAUGGGGUAGAAAUGGGUUUUGUUCUUUUUUCCCAAAAAGGAGACGGAAAGAGAUGGAAACUACGCAAACCAAGAAAAACUCAAUGUGGACAAUUUGAGACGAGGAGAAAACCAAUGCAUCAAUACAAAAAUAGAAAGAAAAAAGAUACGCACACACGUAGUAAUAAGAGAGCAACUGAAAUCUUUGUUAGUUUUCCUAAGUAAAUGCAUAGAUAAGAGAAAUAUUAUUGAACUAAAAAACAGAAAUUUUUAAAAAAUUGUCACGCCCAAGGAUUCUGUGUGAUGUUCAAGAACACUCGAGGCAGCAAACGUAAUUUUCAGUUUUUCGUUUAGUUUUUUUUGUCCCCUCCAUCGUUUCAGCCAGUGAUUUUUUUUUUCCACUGGUGUUCUGUGUUUCUGCAACUGUCUGUGCUGCAUGAGGAGAGAGGGACUUGCAAUGCAGUGUUUGAGAUUGACUCAAAAAUCAACACGCACUUGAGUGUGAGUGUGUACGCAUGUGAGCGGGUGAUCAGUUUGUAAUCCAAAAUGUAUACACACACAUAUAUUCACACACACACACACACACACACCAGUACACACACAAUAGAGUUUAGAGGAAACACCUCCAUACUGUCAUCCCCAUCGUCAAAGGUGGGACUUUUCUUACCUCACCUGGUGGUCACCUGACUUCUUUCAGCCAAUCAGGGAUUCUUCUUAAACCAACUGUUGCCGCCGCCACAGGACAUGUUUUUAAAGGUUUUUUCUUAAAGGCAGCAGCCACACUGGUUUAUGCUAACUGAUCCUUGCUGCAAUGGCUUUUCCUGGCAGUUUUAAACCUGGACUCAGACUACAGCUGUCCACUGUAUACUUUUUCUGGAGAUUUGGGUUAUUACAAGAAAAAUGAGAAAUCAUGGUUUAAUAUAAUAUCGUUUAUAAAUGCUAAUUGUUCUGUUUUUGUUGAAAGGUUAUGGGACGUGGCUUUGAAAAUGGGUGGGACUUCAGGUUGAUCCUUAUUUUUUUUGGAAAGAAUGAAUGAAACGCAGCUAAAAUGGCUACAGAUUAAAAAAAAAAACACGACUACUCCAUCUUUGUAAACAGAAUUGCCACUUUGCAUGAUGUGUUCAUAAACGUGUAACAUCUUUUGUAGCAAACAUACAUGAGGUUGAGAUGAGGUCAUGGGAGGCGUGUGUCGUUUCGCCAACCUACUUUAGAUGAAACCACGCCCAUGUCAUUAUGAUGAAAGCCUUGACGGCUGCGUUCCCAUGGAAACUGCCCUCACUCAAGUCCAGUGAAAUAUGAGCGCUCCUUGGAAAAUGCUGAUAGGGGCCACUGAAUUUGACUAGUUCACUAUUAAAAAGAACACAGAUGAGACAAAAAUUAGCUAGCUAGCAUGCUAACUGGAAUGCAGUCUGUUUUCAGGCCUUCAGUAAUGUUAGUUGCUUGGCAUGGCAGCAGCUUUCAUCACACGGAGCGGACACGGUUUCACCUGAAAGAGGUUGAAGAAACGAUCGACACCUAUGGGAGGGGUACAGAGUGAGUUAAAGAUGAGGGUGGGGUGGUGGGUCUUAUUCCCAAAGCGAAUAAAAAUGCAAUAGAAGAGGGUUUCUCUGAAGAGCUAAUGUCAAAUCAGCUGUGCCUCACUGUUGAGGCAGAAUUCAACAAAAUGUCUCAUUAGAUGUGAGAAGCAAAGAGAAGACAGUGGGUGUGGGGCAGCUUGGGGAAGCCCACCACAGGCUAUUUGGGGACACUACAGACUACUUUCAGAUAUACAGUAUAUAUAUACCCUCAGAUACAGUGCUACAGAGGGGUUUUUACAACAUUUAGGUCUCUAGUUUUCGACCGGUCCCUGGUCCAUUGAUACUGCUGAGGGACAGUUUAGGGGUGACCCUGACGUAUGGCAAUAUUUAAAAUUUCAGGGUCUGCCCCUUUUUUAGUUUUUCCUGUUUGGAUUAUUUUUUCAUUAGAUAAAAGAAGAAAGAGCAAGAAGAGAUAUUUUGAAUAACUGAGGGUCCUUUUUUAAAAAAGAUCAUUUGGAAAAUUCUGGAUAUAAUAAUUAAUAAAUAAGCAACUUCCUUUUUAUUAUUUAGACUAAACUAAUGUUUGAGUUCAUCCUGUUCCAUGCUUCAUACUUUAUUUGGUUAAAUCAGAGCGUUUCUGGGUGGGCCUGUUCCUAAAUGGUUUCUCAUGUAUGUUUUCCCACUUGUAUGACUGUAUGAGACCAUUCCCACAAUAUUUGUGGACUACCUGAUAAUUAACUUAUCAUUUUUGUGAACCUAAAUAAAUAUUGUAUGUCAACCUAA